AUGGAUCAAACAAUCCAGCGGUUGCUGAACGAUAAGCUCUACGACAAGAGGAAACAAGGAGCUCUAGAGCUAGAGAAAAUCGUCCGCGAUGCCGUUUUUCAAGCGGACCAGGAGAAAAUCCAGAAGAUCGUUGAACAGCUUUGUCACGACUACGCCUAUGCUGUACACCAACCCCACGCUCGGAAUGGAGGGUUGAUCGGUUUGGCGGCUGCCUCGAUCGCCCUGGGGUCGGAAGGGGUUGCCCCGUACCUGGGAGAGAUUGUUCCGCCUGUGCUGGCGUGCUUCUCGGACCAGGAUGCGCGAGUUCGGUACUAUGCUUGCGAGAGCAUGUACAAUAUUGCCAAGGUCGCCAAGGGAGAAAUCCUGCUUUUCUUCAAUGAGAUAUUUGAUGCCCUAGCUAAGCUUGCGUCAGACUCGGAGUUGUCAGUUAAGAAUGGCGCGGAGCUGUUGGAUCGACUGGUGAAAGAUAUUGUGGCUGAAUCGGCUGCUUCCUAUGUUUCCAUUUUACAGCUGUCCGAGAAAGAUCGAAUGGAUCCGGAUGCUUUGGAUGACCCAGAGCUUCCGACUGCUUUCUCUCUCGCGAGAUUUAUUCCCUUGCUUCAGGACCGCAUCCAUGUGAUCCAGCCGUUCACUCGCAACUUCUUGGUCUCAUGGCUUACUCUUCUAGAUACCAUUCCUGAUUUAGAGCUCGUCAGCUAUUUGCCGGAUUUCCUGGAGGGCUUGAUAAAAUUCCUUGGCGGUCCCAACAAAGAUGUUAAUGUUGCGACUCAGAACCUUCUCGAUCGAUUCUUGGCGGAGAUCAAGAGGAUUACAAGGCUGAAGAAGGGAAUUGAAGAAAGCCGGAAAGGGCAGAAAAGCAACAGAAACUCGACCGCAAGUGACGGCAUGAGCGUCUCGACCGAGCAGAAUGUCAACGCCGAUGGUGCAAGUGAUGACAAGGGUGAUAUCGCAGUUGGGGACUCAGACUCAGAUUCAAAUUUCGACGGAGAAAUCAUCCAAGCUGACGGAGACUGGAUCCCCGGACAGGAUGUACAAAUCGAUCACCCCAAGAUUCUUGGUAUUCUUGUUGGCUUUGUCAACACCACUUAUGAGGAGGAAAUGCAAUUGACAGCCCUUCGUUGGAUUGAUGCUUUCUUUGAGAUCAGCCCAGAGGAUAUUCUGCCUUUUGUUCCGCGUCUUCUGACCCAGGUGCUCCCAGCUAUGUCGAGUGGCUCGGACGGAGUACGACAAGCCGCAAACCAAGUCAACAAAUCACUUCUCGAGUACAUAUACUCUUUAUCGGAUGAUACAACGGAGGAAACCUUAGCCUCUUCGAAGCUUCCAUCCAACACCCCUAGCAAAGAGAUCAUAGAGCGCAGAUCCUCUACUCCCGGAAUCAGGCCCUCGACGGAGACGGCGAGCUUUGACGCCAGAAAGCAGUCAGCGCAAGACGCUUCCGUUGCAGCAACACCACGAAGUAGUGUUGUCUCCACGCCUUUGCCUACUGCCGAUCUUGAUUACGCCGCUGCUGUCAACUCCCUCACCCUGCAAUUUCUCAACGAGAACGAAGCCACACGAGUGGCAGCUCUUUCGUGGCUCAUUAUGCUGCACCACAAAGCACCACGGAAAGUCGUCGCGUUCAAUGAUGGCACCUUCCCGGCACUGCUGAAAACGCUAUCAGACCCUGCGGAGGCUGUUGUGACCAAGGAUUUGCAGCUUCUUUCACAGAUUUCCAGAAAUAGCGAAGAUAGCUACUUCACAUCCUUCAUGGUGAAUCUACUGCAGCUGUUUUCUACGGACAGGCAUUUGCUUGAAGUACGUGGAAACUUGAUUAUCAGACAGUUGUGUUUGAAUUUGAGUCCGGAACGUAUCUACCGAACGCUGGCAGAUUGUCUUGAGAAAGAAGAAGAUCUUGAAUUUGCCAGUAUCAUGGUGCAGAACUUGAACAACAAUCUUAUCACUGCGCCAGAAUUAUCAGAGCUAAGAAAGCGCUUGAGAAAUCUCGAUUCAAGAGAUGGACAAAUGUUCUUUGUUGCUUUGUUCAGGUCAUGGUGCCACAAUGCUGUGUCCACCUUUUCUCUAUGUCUUCUCGCUCAAGCCUAUGAGCAGGCUUACAACCUACUUCAGAUCUUUGCCGAACUUGAGAUGACAGUCAAUAUGUUGAUUCAAAUCGACAAGCUGGUUCAACUACUCGAAUCGCCAGUUUUCACAUACCUCCGCCUACAACUCUUGGAACCCGAAAAAUAUCCUUACCUCUACAAAUGUCUCUAUGGUGUCCUCAUGCUCCUCCCCCAGAGCUCCGCGUUCGCAGCCCUCAAGAACCGCCUGAACAGUGUCAGCAACAUCGGAUUUCUCCACAGUGGCCCCCGCAGGUAUGGAUCCCAGGGCGUUCUACGCUCCCCUCUGUCCCCCACGAGACUGACCGAGUUUCAACCCAGCACCGCUCAAACCGCCCCAGCCUCAUCCUCUUUUGACCGAUCCUCCGGUCCGCGCCUCAAACCCCGCGAUGAGAAUACCAUCCGCUGGGUUGACCUCCUUGACAAGUUCAAAUCCGUCCAGGAACGUGCUCGUCGUUCCCAAGCUUCACAUCGCCAUUCCCUCAACCCCUCGGAUACCCUGCUUAACCCUACCCUCACGGCUGCCCUUUCUGCUGCCGCCGCUGACAGAUCCAAGGAUCGACCCGGUCUCCCUGACGCACCACGCGGUACCCCGGCCAUGCACCAAACUGGCAACGCCGGAGCUAGUGGCCCUGGAAUUGGCAAUGCUGCCGGUCGUGGGCUGGAAAGUGGAGUGACGAAGUCUGUUAUUCCGGGUCCAUCCCAUAAGCACAAGUCGAGUCUUCCGAAUCUAGGACGAUUGGGUAUUGGAGGCCGGAAGAAGAAAUAA